UCAGAGUUGGUACUUAAAGCUGAGAGGACAGACAGAGAGAGGACAGACAGAGAGAGGACCGAGAGAGACAGACAGAGAGAAGACAUUUUCAGAUCUGCUUCACCUUCAUCUCUUCUCCAACAGAGAAACGACUCAGAGGCUGAUCAGAAGGACAGAGAGAGGACGUGAGGACAGGAGGACUCAGAGCUCAGAGGUGCUGGACCUGCAUCAACUUACAGAGCCUUUCUGAUCAUAUCAGAUCCCAGUUUGAUGUAAAGUCAUCGGUUUGAAUUAAUGGACAAAACUGUUACCAUGGCAACGAACACCUCAUCCAAAUAUGACAACAUCCCCUACAAAGAUCUUAUCCAUUCAGGAUCUCCUGCUGUCUACCAGCUGAUACCAAAGAAAGAGAAGAUUGGAACUCUGACAAGAAUGACUCUUGGUGUAAAAACUCAAAACAAGGAAAACAAAACCAUCUUACUUGUUGGUGAAACAGGAGCAGGAAAAUCUACUCUGAUCAACGCUCUGGUCAACUACGCCAUGGGAGUGGAGUGGGAGGAUGAUGUCUGGUUUAAGAUCGUAGAGGAGGAGAAGAAAAGUCAAUCAGAAAGUCAGACAUCAGAUGUGAUCGUGUACCAGAUCUUUGGUUUUGAAGGUAAACCUCUGCCCUACUCUCUGACCAUCAUUGAUACUCCUGGAUACGGAGACACCAGAGGGAUCGAACAUGACAUGAACAUCAUGGAAAGAUUAUUAGACUUGUUCCGUUCAAAGGAUGGAGUUCAUGAGAUUGAUGCAGUGGGUCUGGUGCUGACAAGCAGUGUGAAUCGACUGAGUGACCGUCAGAGGUACAUCUUUGAUUCAAUGGUUUCUCUGUUUGGAAAAGACAUAGAGAAGAACAUUGUCGCUCUCAUCACACACUCAGAUGGAAGAACACCUAAAAAUGCUCUGCAAGCUCUCGAGGAUGCAAAGAUUAAAUGUGCCAGAGAUGAGAAGAAUCAGCCUGUUCACUUCCUGUUUAAUAACUGCCAGAAUGAAGACAGGACAGAGAACAUGAGAGCUCUUAAAUAUGCAGAUGAAACAACAACAGAAGAAAUGAAUCAGUUCAGAAACUUUCUGGUAAAAACUGAACCUCAGAGAUUGGAGACAACCGUGAAUGUCCUGAACGAGCGAAUCAGCCUGACAGCCUGCAUCAACAACCUGCAAGACAGAAUUGAGUUGAUUGAUCUAAAGAAAACAGAGAUCCAACAGACUCAGGAUGGUCUGAAGAUGUAUGAACGAGAGAUGAAGAACAAUGAGAAGUUCACUGUAGAAGUUGAUGUGCCCUACAAAGAUAAAGAACGUAUUGAUGGUGGGAUGUGGUUGUUGGUGUUCUAUAAUGGAGCAACCUGCUGUACAAAGUGUGAGGAGACCUGUCACUAUCCAUGCACAACGGCCUGUAAACCAGAACACUGUGAUGUCAUGAAAAAUGGCCACUGCACUGAAUGUACCGGGAAGUGUCCUGCAUCAGAUCAUGUUAAAGAAAAGUGGAAGUAUGUGAACAAGACAAAAACAGUAAAACUAACUUUAAAAGAUGUUAAAGCGAAGUAUGAAAAUAAUAAAGAAGAGAAUGAAAAGCAAGGGAACCUUUUGGAAACUCUUCAGAGAGAGAAGGAAUCCCUUGAAGCAGAUAAAACAGCUUUGCUGUAUGAAGCGUACCAGCAUGUUGUCACACUGGAGGAGAUCGCCCUGAAUGUGGUUUCACUGUCUACUUAUGUCCACCUGGACUUCCUGAUUGAGGAGAUGGAGAAGAAAAAUGACACAGAGAAGGUCAACCAUCUAAGACAAAUAGAAAGUCUAAAAUAUGAAGGAUUACAGGCAGGAGCAAAGUACAUGUAUAAUGCAAUAUCUCAAAUGGUCAAAAGAGGAUGGAAAAAAUGGGUAAAGUAGUUUCCCAUGAGUACAUGGUUUUGUAUAAAUCUGGUGUUAAAGGUUACUUUCAUUAAAUAUUUAAGGAAGUAAUUUAAGAUGAUUUUUUGAAAUGUUUAAAAUCAGCUUGAUGAGAGAGAGAGAGAGAGAGAGAGAGAGCAAGAGAGAGAGAGGGAGAGAGAUAUUUGAACCUGAGCCACUGCCCAGGACUAAUGGUUGCCCCAGACUGCCACUGGCUUUAGA